CACCCCUGCGGACAUGGUCCGGCCCGCCGCCGCGCCGAGCCGGCCUUCGAGUGGCCAAGGCGGGAAAAUGGCGGAUGCCGGCGACGCCGGGAAGCCGGCUGGGGUCCCCGGCACUUCUGGUGGGGCCAAGAUGAAAGAGAAGCGAGGCCGAGGGGGAAGAGUGGUCGAGUCCCGGUACUUGCAGUAUGAGAAGAAAGCCCCCAGAAAGGCUCCUGCGGCUGACACCUCCAGGUGUGGCGGGAAAGCCCCCGACAGCGGGAGGAAGGCUGGCGUUCUGCAGCAGAGCCGAGAUGGCAGUGGCCUUGGCAAAGGGGACCUGCAGUCGACGAUGCUGGAGGGACACAGCGCAGCCCCACCUGACCUGGACCUCUCCGACAUCCAUGGCAAGAGUCUGACCGUGAAGACACCGCAGCCGAGCAAGAAGCCCUCCAGGAGGGCAGCGUCGUCGUCCUGCGCCCCAAAGAGGAAGGGCCCUACGUUAGCCGAGCAGAUGGAGAUGACAGAGUCACAAACUCUGCUGUUUACACUGCUGGCCACCAAGAUGGAGAACAGGCUGGCUGAGCAGGAGCAGCGGGCAGAGCAGGAGCUGGUUCUCCUGGAACGGGAGAAGGAGCGGCUGCAGACCCAGAGCGCUGAGCUGCGGCGACGGCUGCUGCUGCAGCAGAAGCAGCGCGAGCUGGAGGCCAAGUUCAAUGCCCAGAUGCAGGUGCUGGGCCCCUUGGUGGAGGUGGCCGACAGCUUCCAGGAGCAGUACAAAGCGCUGGCCACGGCGCUGGACAGCACCCGACACGAGCUGCCCGGGCGCGCCAUCCACCUGGAGCAGGACGGACUGCACCUGCUAGACUCCCUGCAGCUGGAGCUCACCACCACGCAGCGCCUCCUCCGGGAUCUGGGCGUGGGCCCGGAGGAGGAGAAGCCCACGCGGGCGCUGGACUUGCUGAGCGAACUGCGGGCCCUGGCCACCCAGAAGGACUUGGAGCUCCAGAGGACCUUCGCCGAGGUGCUGGAGCUGUCUGCCAAGGCGAGUCAGGAGGCCGCCCUCGUGAACCAGGAAGCCCUGGAGCGAGUGGAGGGCCUGGACGCCCCCAGCCGCUGGUACUUCGGGGAGGGCGCCGCCCGUGGGGAGCCGCCCGGAGGUCUCCCCGAGGCCACCGCGCCAGCCGGCGCCCUGUGAGCCCGAUGCCCCUGCCCGUGUUCCGGGAGGCCCGUUGGUGCAUGGCACGUUCCUUGCUGUGUGGGCAGCUCUGUUCUGUGUUCACUUUGUUUGUUGUUCGUUGAAAUACAGAUCCUGUGUACAGCAGCCUGCGGUGUGUGCGUGAGCUCGGCUGUGCAGGGCGUGGCCUGUGCCCUCUCCCCUCCUUCCUCUUCCCUGGCCCCCCGGCCCCCGACCCUGGGAGGGCUUCCUUGAGGUGCCACAGGCUGCUGUGGUCCAGUCACCGGGGAGCCACCUUGGGCGCAGGAGCAGGUGUGACCCUGGGUCGUGGGUGUUCCCCGGGCACCGCACACACGCAGCCUGAUGGCACUUUCUCUUAGAGU